GACGCCGGGGGCCGGGAGCGGCGGGGCCGGUCCGGGGAGGCCGCGGGGCCGGACAUGCGGCUGCGGAGCCCGGAGCCCCGAGCGUCCGCCCAGCGUUGAGCGAGGCCCCGCGAGCCUCCCACCCGCGGCCGCCGCCGCCAUGAGCUCGUGCAGCAGCCGCGCGCUGACCUUGCUGAGCAGCGUGUUCGGCGCCUGCGGCCUCCUCCUGGUUGGCAUCGCGGUCAGCACCGACUACUGGCUCUACAUGGAGGAGGGCACAGUGUUGCCCCAGAACCAGAGCACCGAGGUCAAGAUGGCGCUGCACGCCGGCCUCUGGAGGGUCUGCUUCUUCGCAGGCCGGGAGAAGGGUCGCUGUGUGGCCUCGGAAUAUUUCCUAGAGCCGGAGAUUAACCUGGUGACCGAGAACACCGAGAACAUCCUGAAGACUGUCCGCACCGCUACCCCCUUCCCCAUGGUGAGCCUUUUCCUGGUCUUCACGGCCUUCGUCAUCAGCAACAUUGGCCACAUUCGCCCUCAGAGGACUAUCCUCGCUUUCGUUUCUGGCAUCUUCUUCAUUCUCUCAGGCCUCUCCCUCGUUGUGGGCCUAGUCCUCUAUAUCUCCAGCAUUAAUGAUGAGGUGAUGAAUCGUCCCAGCGGAUCUGAGCAGUACUUUCACUAUCGCUAUGGCUGGUCCUUUGCCUUUGCGGCCUCCUCCUUCCUGCUUAAAGAGGGGGCUGGCGUGAUGUCGGUCUAUUUGUUCACCAAACGCUAUGCGGAGGAAGAGAUGUACCGGCCCCACCCGGCCUUCUACCGGCCCAGGCUCAGCGACUGCUCCGACUAUUCUGGCCAGUUCCUCCAGCCCGAGGCCUGGCGCCGAGGCCGCAGCCCCUCGGACAUCUCCAGCGACGUCUCCAUUCAGAUGACCCAGAACUAUCCUCCUGCUAUCAAGUACCCGGACCACAUGCACAUCUCCACCUCGCCUUGCUGAGGCACUGCACCGCCCCCCGCCCAGCCCCCCACCCCGGCACCUGCUCCUCGGGUCCCCUCGGGCCUCCUCCCUUCUUUUCCGGUUUCCUGAGGCUCUUCCCUUGUGGCCCGGCCCUUUUGCUUCAGUCUUUUCCCUUCUUCCUAAUUACUUGUACUUCUCCUCUCCUUCCCUUUAUCUUUUGGUCUUUUUCCUUCCCUUAAUUACCUCCCCCUUCUCAAGUUCCCCUCCUUUGCUCCUUUGCUCCUCCUUUAUUCCUCUGGCCCUUCUUUUGUUUCUUGGGUAUCUUCGAUGUCAGGCAGCUCCUUACAGAAGAAGACUGCAGGCCAAAUUCAAGCCUCAACACACUGAUCCUCAUUUCUCCCGGGGACGAUCCAGCUACAGGCAUCUCUUACCCUGGGUCUCUUUACCUCAUCUGCCUACUGUGGCUAACCACAGUCAGGAGUUGGGAGGGACCAGGUUGCUAACCUUGACCCCAGCCUUCUCAUUCCCUUUGCCCCUGGGCCCUCUCCUCCUCCUCCUCCUCCUCCUCCUCUUCCCAUCUCUUUUUUUUCCCCAGGUCUGUCUCUCCCUUAGGUUACUAGGAAUCUUUUUGUCUCUGUGUCUCUGUCUCUCUUUUUCUUGCUCUUCUUUCUUUUUUUUCCACACCAGAGGCCCCCUGGGAGGGGGAGAGAAGGAGGUUGACAGGCUGAUCCUGAUGCCUGGAUCCCCACCCUCCUUGCUCCUCUCCCCCAAGGCAGGGGCAGUAGCGGGGCCUAGUGGCCCCCCAAACCUCCGAGUCUUCCACCUCUGCCUCCUCUGCACCUCCAUCCCUGCCCCCUGCAAAACUCCAGACUUCAGCCCCUCUUAAAGGGUCUGUGCUCUGGGGAACAGCUUAGGCAGGUGUGGGGCCCAGAGGAGGCGAAAUAAUGUACAAUGAACCAGAUGGUCCCCCAGUGGUUGGGGGCCAGGGCUUUUAGUCUGCAUCUUUGAGGGGGGGGGAGGGAGGGAAAGCAGGGGCAGG